AUGAAUUCAACUGAGUAUGUUCCUGAGACAGAAAAGCUGCUUGGAAUACCCUUUACAGAAGACUACUCACUAACUACUCUUAUUUUUGGUAAAUAUUUCCUACCAAUGGCAGCAUUUUGGGUUUUGACUAUUUGUUGUAUAUGUAAUCCUAGUCUUAUUGUUUUAUUCUUUCAAAUUAUUAAAUGGACUUUCAAUUGUUGUUCUGAAUAUGCUAAAAUAAUUAAUAAAAAUUGUAAACCCAAUAAUACUAGCUCAACUUCACAGAGUAGAAGUCUAAAUAUACUAGGCAGAAGACCAAGUACUCAUAGUACCCGAAGUAGACUGAGCAGAAUACCAAACAUUUUUAGUAGAAACUCGAAUAGUGGCCGAAAUACACUAGGUAGAAGGCCAAGUGCUUAUAGUAUUCGAAGUGGUCUGGGUGGAAGACCACGUACUUAUAAUAUCCGAAGUAGUCAGGAUAGAAGCCCGAGUAUUUUAGAUAGUGAUUUAUAUGAAAUGAGUACCUAUCCAAAUACACUGGGUAGACAAAGAACCUACAAUCCAAUUAUAAAAUUCAAUAAUACAACAUCAACCCCACCACACCAUUAUGUCACUAUAUAUACUAAUGAUAAUAGAUAUUAAUACAAGCCAAAAACAAUAGAAUAUUUAACGGCAAUUCUAUUCUAAAUUAUUAGAAGGAUGGUAUUUGUUUGAUGCUUUCUAAUAUAAAUGCAUGCUCUUUGCAU